UACACAUAGGAUCAGCUGCUUUCUUUAUGUCGCUCGACCGAUCCACUUAGUGCCUUUUGGUUGGGGUCCACCUUAGGAAUUUGGAUAAACCACUUGGGUUCUUUUUCUAGUGUUGAAGACGGUCAAUGUGUCCGCCCUUCUUCAUUAGACUCGUAUUUUUCCUUCUCUCUUCUGUUUGCGGUAAAUGAGAUUUGGAUUAAAGCCGCCCGUAACUAGAAAAAUCUCAAGAAGGGAAACUAGAAGUCGUCACCCUGGGCUGACACAGCAGAAAAGGCAAGAGAUCAAAGAAGCAUUUGAGCUCUUUGACACCGAUGGCUCUGGAACUAUUGAUGCCAGUGAGCUGAAUGUCGCUAUGAGAGCCCUUGGAUUUGAAAUGACAGGGGAGCAAGUUGAGCAAAUGAUCGCUGAUGUGGACAAGGAUGGUAGUGGUGCAAUUGAUUUUGAUGAAUUUGUGCACAUGAUGACUGCCAAAAUAGGGGAGAGGGACACUAAAGAAGAGCUCGCCAAAGCUUUUAACUUACUAGACCAAGAUAAAAAUGGGAAAAUAUCUGCUGCUGAUAUUCACCAAAUCGCCAAUGAGUUAGGUGAAAGCUUCACCGCGAGAGAAAUACAAGAGAUGAUAGAGGUAGCAGAUCGUGAUGGUGAUGGAGAAGUAAAUGCGGAAGAGUUUAUGAGGAUGAUGAGGAAAACUAGCUUUGCAAAUUAGUUGUACAAAAUCAUAUUUGUGAAGUUUAAAUAACUUUUUUACAAGUUGCUUGUCCUUCUCGUUUCCCCUUGUCCUCUGUCUCUCUCUGCUAUGUCAUGUUUUGUAUAUACACAUGCAUAUAACUAGUUUUGUUUUUCAAUUGAAUAAAUGAAUGAAAACAAACACUGUUGACAAUUAAA